CAUCAACCUUUUUGACUUCCUCUGAAACCACUGACACUAUUAUCUCCUUAUACCCUUAACCCGUUACUCAACCUGCCACCGUUACUCCCCUAUUUGUACUUCAGUCAAUUCGGCCAUGACGUCCAUCGGCACCGGCUACGAUCUAUCCAACUCAGUGUUCUCUCCAGAUGGUCGGAACUUUCAGGUUGAAUAUGCUGUGAAGGCUGUCGAGAACGGUGGAACGUCCAUAGGCAUCAGGUGUAAGGACGGGGUUGUUCUUGCAGUCGAGAAGAUCAUCACCAGCAAACUCCUGAAGCCCGGUGCGAACAAGCGAAUAUCUACUGUCGAUCGUCACGUUGGCAUUGUCUCAUCGGGAUUGGCUCCCGAUGGUCGUCAUUUUGUUUCCCGUGCUCGCGAUGAAGCGUCCUCAUGGCGUGGGAUUUACAAAAGUCCUAUUCCCGUUUCGGCUCUAGCGAACCGUCUUGGGGGCUACGUGCAAGCAUACACCUUGUACUCAAGCGUUCGACCAUUUGGUGUUACUUCAAUUGUUGGGGGCUGGGACUCUGAGGCUGAGCUUGCAGUCGAUGGUCAAGUGGGAAGUGGACCGCAGUCAGGUUCUGGCGGGAAAGUCGAAGGCGCGAAAUCGGGAGGACCAGGUUUAUAUAUGAUCGAACCAAGCGGUCUGUAUUGGGGGUACUAUGGGGCUGCAACCGGUAAAGGAAGGCAGGCGGCCAAAGCCGAACUUGAAAAGCUAGACCUGGCUUCGGAGAAACUCAGCCUGCAAGAUGCUGUAAAGGAGGCGGCUAGGAUUAUCUACGUUGCUCAUGAAGAUAACAAGGACAAGGAAUUUGAGCUUGAAAUGAGCUGGAUUAGCUCACUGAAUGGUCCAACAAAAGGCAGACACGAAGAGGUGCCGAAAGAACUACUCGAGGAGGCAGAACGAGCGGCUAAGCGGGCCCUUGAAGGAGACGACGAGGAAGAAGAAGAUGGUUCGAAAGCAACCGGCAAUGAGGGCGAGAGGAUGGAAGAGUGAGCCAACAGUUUCGGGCAAGGAUUCAAAGAAUCAAAUAAAGUCAAGAAGUUAUUUUC